AUUAUUACGAUUAUAUUCAAAGCUUAUUUCGCGGACAACCGACAACGGACUUCGCAAAAACGCAGCAACAAAAACGAGAGUCGGUUGAAGCGUCGCAUCCAAAACGGGUUUCUGUAAUUAGCAUGCGCAUCAAGUCUCGUCUCCGAGGGAAGUACUAAUCCGAAUCCGAAUCCGGAUCACAUGAUGGCCUCCAGUGGUGGUGCGCGCUCCCAUUGGGCCUUCGUGGCCUGGGCGGUGUUGGCCCUGCUGCUGACGCACGGCGGCGAUGUUGUGGAUGCACGGCGUAACCAGGGCAGCAGCCAGCGCAAGACCUCCUCCUCGUCCUCCAGCUCCUCCAACUACGGGCACGUGACGCAGCCCAGCUACAACACGAACGGCCAUGCCGCCGGCAAUUCGCAUGCGGAUGUGGCCAAACUGAGCUACCCCAACUACAACUCGCAGCCCAAUCGCCCGAUGACCAAUGCCGGCUCCCCAGGAUCGCCGGGAUCUGCCCCCCAACCGGGCUGGAAUGUGCCGCAGGGUCCGCCGCCCGCCUACUCCGCCUCCAAUCCCGCCGGUGGAGCCAGGCCCAAUAUGCACGAACCGCCGCCGGCCUACCAUGCCCCCAACUACGGAGCAGCUCCGCCCAGCUAUGGAGCAGCCACUGGAUCGAACGUGCAUCAGCCGCAGUACUCGGGAGUCCCGGCGGGAGCCACCUACUACCCAGCCGGAGGACAUGCCGGCGGCUAUCCUUCUAAUAUCCCCGCCGGAGCCACCUACUAUCCAUCCGCAGGACAUGUGCCCAUGGGCGGUGGCUAUCACCCGGCUGCUGCUGCUCCGCCUCCGGGGGCCACCUACUACCAGGCGGGAUCUGCCCUGCCACCCGGAGCCACCUACUACUCGGCGCCGCCCCAGCAAUCCUCAUCUGGCCUGGGCUUCGGCACUGGUCUGCUCGCUGGUGGACUGGGCGGUGCUCUGCUGGGCCAUGCCCUCACGCCCUCGGGAGGCAGCUCCUCCUCGCAGCCGGUGGCCGCAGCUCCAGCUGCUGGCCAGGAUCGCAUCAUCAUCAUCAACAACGGCGUGCCGAUGAAUGCCACCGAUGGAACCACUGUGACCAAUGCGGCUGGCGUGGCUGCUGCACCGGGAGCAGCUCCAGUUGCCCCAGCUGCACCAAUGCCUCCUUCCAACGUGACCCAAGAAGCAGCUCCAGCCGCACCCCUGGCCCCCAUGGCUCCCUUCAAUCCGGAGGCCUCCAACAUGACCGCGCCGGAUGCAGCUGCAGCUGCCCCACCAGCUGGCGGCAUCAUUUGUGUGCCCACAAAGGUUAACGAAACGGAUCCGGCUGACAGCACCAAAACGGUGGAGGUGGAGAAGAUCGCCUGCUACCCGGCUCCUCCGCCACCAGCUGCUCCGGCUGGCGAGGGACCAGCUCCCCUGGCGCCCAUGGCCCCCGUUCAGCCGGGAUCGCAGCAGGUGCAGCAGGCCCAGGACGUGGCGGCUCCCCUGCAGGCAUCCGUCAAGUCCAACACCAGCGGAGCCCGCUCCCUGGGAGGCGUGACCGGCCAGAGCCUGCUCAUUGUGCUGAUGUGCGGGGCAGUGGCCAAGCGCUUUGCCGGCUUCUAAAGAGCACGCUUCUGGAACGUUCCAAGCUGCAUCGUGUGCACUUGCCCCCUCGGUUAACCAACCCGACCCACUAUCCAACCCAACUGUACCUUUCUCCCCCAGCUUUUGUGGCCUUGGCGCGCACGGUUUGUUUGCCCUGGCCAAGAUCGAUAAUUCCAGGCGCUAAUUGGACGAAAAUUGUUAAUUUAUGGCGUACCAUCUCCGAUUACAGUAUUCGUGGAUAAACAAGUCCGGUUCCCAGUUUAGAAUUCCCCCUUUUCCAACUUAGCCUUUAAUUGUGAUGAUUGCGAUGAGCAUGGGAAUGGGACUGGUAAUGGUAAUGGUGCACCCGUAACCGGACCCCGACCCAGACCCACAACAUCCCACUGUGCUCGAAAACAAAAACAAAAAAGAAAAACAAAAACAUUCGAAUAUCUCAGUAUAUAUAUAACCCAGUAUAUAACCCCUACUCAAAAGCCCUUGAAGAAAGACAAAAUGAAUGUAAGUUCUCACUAAAAGUGUAUAUUUUUCUAGAAUUGUUAGCGUAAUUGUUGCUUGUCUUUUUGUAUUGUUGUAAGCAAACGUAUUUGUUGCACUCCUCAAUUGUUGAAUAAAAUAAAAGCUUCGCCUACACCCAUAGCACUCGA